CUUCUGCCAUCAGUAUCUCAUUGCUGCGGGGAGGCUCCACAUUGCGCGUCUGUUAACUCAGUAAUCGCGCAACAUUUUCACUAUUUUGCGUUGUGAUUUUUAUGGCGGUGUGGUGCAGACGUUGCCGUGAAGAGCCAGCGGUGAGUGGACUGACGGGCAGCUGCCGGAGAGACGUAAUAUCCUCUGCCUGUUUGUCUCCGCGACGGACGCCAGUGACACCAGGUGCAAGAAAAAGAAAGAGCGAUGUCUCAAGAUGUGUUGAGUCACCGCUGCCAUCGAAUUGGCCUUCUCUCCCCUGACCUUCCAUUUUUCCAGCGCGUCCUGUCAUCUGUAUUGAAUGGUAACGGAACAUGGAACCAAAGCAAUACCGAAGUGCAUCCGAUCUGCUCCACUCACUUCCUCCGGGAUGGCGUUCAGCGGACACUUAUUUGUGGUCAAGAUGGCGGCCCAGCAGGUUUGUUGAAAAAGCGCCGUCACGGUUGGACUACACAGCUAAUGUCUUCCUCCAGUUAGUUCUGCAAUGCUGUGCUGAGAAUUCCUCGCCAAGCUUGGCAAUGGAAACAAGUGAAAGUUGUAAUCACAUAUGAAGCAGAAAGCCUUGGAACCAUCAAAUUGAAGCUGUAAAGGAAGUGGAAGAUGCAACCAACUCAGCAAACAAAGCAAUUUUUAGAUUUAGUUAAUAGGAACGAACAUACCUCCAGUGGCAAACAGAGCAGCGUUAUGACAGCUAACAUAUCGCCUUAAGGCGUACAUGUGGUUCUUCUCCUUGACCCGGCCAUGCUUCCACCCCAUCCCCGCCACUAGCCUUGAUGGGGGUGCUGCGUUGUCACCAGCGGAAAUGGAACAUGAUUUGACGGCGACAUUUCAUUUCUACACUUCCUACGUUCAUUUUUUUCCCGACUGGUAGUAACAUCCCUUAAUAACAUUCCUUCCCUCUAGCGUGCUUCAUUGACCUUUGUCGCAUCUACUCUGUCAACAACACCACUCCUGCCGUUAUCCACUGGUCACUAAACUGAUACUGUUCAACAAGCAGAAAGAAGUCGCCUAGAGUGUUAAAGGGAAUAAAUGUUAAUUUCUAAAUAAACGAGAUAGGUCAAAUUUGCUUUUUU